AUGCACAUGCAUGCUGUUGCCAAGGUCGUGCUCAUCCUGACCAACUUUGCAUUUAUCGGGGGGGGAGGGCUUUUGAUUUGGUUGGGAAUCAAGACGCGCGACAUUCACUGGAGUGAAAUCUUCUACAGUGGAGCCCCCGCAGACAUUAGCACCUCGGCCACGGACCUCAUUGCGCUUGGAGCGACCGUAAUCGUUAUUGCGCUCUUUGGUCUUUUCGGUGCUGUGUGCCAAAACCGAUGCGUCCUCACGUUAUACUCAAUAUUCGUCGUGCUGGGGUUGGUUGUGUUUGUCGCAGUUGCCGUUCUUGGUUUCAUGUCCGCGUCCAAAGCUCACUCGUGGACGAGCAAACGAUACCCCGCUGAACGUGCAGAACAAAGGGUUGCCGAGCGAUUCAACCAAGCGUAUUGUUACGCCGAAGGGGGGCGGUUCUGUAUCACGACUUCCGUGUCCGACGCCAUCGAAACAUUUUUUCCCUCCGUGGGGGGCGGCGCCGCGGCGCCGUUCAAGGCCGUGGGCAUUGACGUGGAUGCCAAGACGGGUCUUCUUGGUCUGUGCGACCAAGUGGAUGCAAAACUCGAGUCAGUGCCGUCCCUGGCCAAAGUCGUGCCCAAACCAUUCAAGAAGGCGUGUGCGAUGUGCAAACAAGUCAAUGCGACGGUGGGCGACUUCCGUGGGCUCUUUGACUGGAUCGACGCCAAGUGUCCGUUGACUCGCGCGACGGCACAAUGGUGUGGCAAGUUCGUCUUGACCCAGGACAACCCUACGUCUGGACCCGAAGAGGGCUCACCGUACACGCAAUGCCGCAAAGCGGCGCUCGUGUCGUGGAAGGGAUUCGGGACCCAAGUCGGGUUUGGGGGCGUCGUUCUCGCGACCCUGUCGUUGUUUCUCAUUGGGUUGUCAUGCAAUGCCGCCCGACAGGACGACGGGUACACAACCAUCAUUUAA